AUGCCCGUGACAGAGAAGGACCUCGCCGAGGACGCGCCGUGGAAGAAGAUCCAGCAGAACACCUUUACGCGCUGGAUCAACGAGCACCUGAAGUGCGUCAACAAGCGGAUCGCGGACCUGCAGCUGGACCUGGGCGACGGGCUGAGGCUCAUCGCCCUGCUGGAGGUCCUCAGCCACAAGAAGAUGUUCAGAAAGUACCACCCGAGGCCCAACUUCAGGCAGAUGAAGCUGGAGAACGUGUCGGUGGCCCUGGAGUUCCUGGACAUGGAGAACAUCAAGCUGGUCUCCAUCGACUCCAAAGCCAUCGUGGAUGGGAACCUGAAGCUGAUCCUGGGUCUGGUCUGGACUCUGAUUCUGCACUACUCCAUCUCCAUGCCCAUCUGGGAGGGCGAGGAUGAAAAGCCGGAGUCGAAGACACCGAAGCAGCGUCUGCUGGGCUGGAUCCAACACAAACUCCCCGAUGUGCCGAUCAACAACUUCAGCCAGGACUGGAGGAACGGCCGGGCACUGGGAGCACUGGUAGACAGCUGUGCACCAGGCCUGUGUCCCGACUGGGAGACCUGGGAUCCGGUGAAACCGGUGCAGAACGCCACGGAGGCCAUGCAGCUGGCUGACGACUGGCUGGGCAUCCCGCAGGUGAUGGCGCCGGAGGAGAUCAUCGACCCCAGUGCGGACGAGCAGUCGGUCAUGACCUAUCUGUCCCAGUUCCCCAAAGCCAAACUGAAGCCAGGAGCUCCACUCAAACCCAAACUCAACCCAAAGAAGGCCCGCGCAUACGGACCAGGCAUCGAACCGACGGGGAACCGGGUGCUGCGUCCCGCUGUCUUCACAGUGGACACGUUCAGCGCGGGUCAGGGUCAGGUGACCAUCUACCUGGAUCACCCAGACGGCACCAGAGAGGAGCUGAAGGCGGAGCCUAACGAGGGCAAAAAGACGUUCAGCGUCUCCUACGUUCCCAAAGUGGUGGGACUCCACCAGGUGACGGUGAUGUUUGCAGGCCAGCAGAUUCCCAAAAGUCCUUUCGAGGUGACCGUGGACAAGGCGUUGGGCGACGCCUCCAAGGUCAUGGUCAAAGGCCCGGGAAUCGAACCCGUGGGCGUCGUCGCCAACAACCCCACCUACUUUGACAUCUACACCGCAGGAGCCGGGACGGGAGACGUGACGGCCGUGAUCAGAGACCCUCAGGGCCGCCAGAACGCCGUGGAGGCCAUGAUGGAGGAUAAGGGCGACAGCACCUACCGCUGCACCUACCGGCCCAGCCAGGCCGGCCCGCACACAGUCGCCGUCACCUUCGGGGGGGCGGGGAUCCCCAGGAGCCCCUUCCCCGUGGACGUGGGCCCCGCGUGCGCGCCGGGCGCCUGCAGGGCGACGGGCCGCGGCCUCCAGCCGUCCGGCAUGAGGGUGAAGCAGGUCGGAGACUUCAAGGUGGACACCAGGAACGCCGGCAGCGGGGAGCUGAAGGUGCUCGUCAAAGGACCCAAGGGCGUCGAGGAGCCGGUGAAGCAGAUCUCCGCUCAGGACGCUGUGUUCUCCUACGAGUACCAUCCCAGCAGCGCCGGCAAACACACCGUCUCCAUAACCUGGGGCGGUCAACACAUCCCGAAGAGCCCGUUCGAGGUGGCGGUGGGUCGGGAGGCGGGGCCUCAGCAGAUCAGGGCCUGGGGUCCUGGCCUGGAGGGAGGCAUUGUGGGUAAACCUGCCACCUUUGUGGUGGAGUCCGUCGGCACCGAUGUCGGAGUUCUUGGCUUCGCCAUCGAGGGGCCUUCUCAGGCCAAGAUCGAGUGCGAGGACAAGAACGACGGCUCGUGCGAUGUCCGUUACUGGCCGACGGAGCCCGGCGAAUACGCCGUCCACGUGACCUGCGACGAGGAGGACAUCGAGCACAGCCCCUUCAUGGCGCACAUCGUCGCCGACAGCGGCAGCAGCGACGCGGAGAAGGUCCAGGCCUUCGGUCCGGGGCUUGAGAAGACCGGCUGCCUGCUGAACCAACCCGCCGAGUUCACCGUCAGCGCCAAGGAUGCUGGGAAAGGACCCCUGAAGAUCACUGCUCAGGACGCGGAGGGGCUUCCUGUGGAGGUGAAGGCGAGGAGUAAAGGGGACGGGCUGUACUCCUGCUCCUACACGCCCGCCUCUCCUCUCAAACACACCUUGUCCGUCGCCUGGGGAGGAGUCGGCGUCCCCAACAGCCCCUUCAGGGUGAACGUGGGCAAAGGGAGCCACCCCAAGAUGGUGAAGGUGUUCGGUCCCGGAGUGGAAAGAACCGGGCUGAAGGCCAACGAGCCGACCCACUUCACCGUGGACUGCUCGGGAGCCGGAGACGGGGACGUCAGCGUGGGCAUCAAGUGUGCCGCCAACAUGGUCGGUGACCAAGAGGCCGACGUGGACUUUGACAUCAUCCCGAACGCCAACGACACCUUCACCGUCAAAUACAUGCCUCCUGCAGCGGGAAACCUCACCGUCAAAGUCCUGUUCACUGACAAGGAAGUUCCACAGAGUCCAUUUAACAUCAAAGUGGAACCUUCUCACGACGCAUCGAAGGUCAAGGCCGAGGGUCCUGGAGUGGCUCGUACUGGUGUGGAGGCCGGUAAGCCGACUCAUUUCACGGUGCUGACUAAGGGGGCCGGUAAAGCCCCGCUGGACGUUUCCUUCUCCUCCCCCGUCAGCGACUUCGACAUCAUCGACAACUACGACUACUCCCAGACGGUCAAGUACACACCCGUGCAACAGGGGGAGCAGAGCGUCACGGUGAAGUUCGGAGGAGAUGCCAUCUCAAAGAGCCCCUUCAAGGUCGGCGUCGCCGCCCCGCUGGAUCUCAGCAAAGUCAUUGUGGACGACCUGGAAGGACGAGCCGAGGUCGAUCAGGAGCAGCAGUUCGUGGUGGACACCAAAGGUGCAGGAGGUCAAGGCCGCCUGGAGGUGACAGUGCUGAGUCCCAGCCAGCGGGCGCUGAAGGUCAAAACGGAGCCUGAGGCCUCGAGGGCGGGCGUCAGCCGGGUGCGCUACACGCCCACGGAGGAAGGGGUCCACGCCGUCAACGUGUCCUACGACGGGCACCCGGUCCCCGGGAGCCCCUUCCCCGUGGAGGCCCAGCUGCCCCCCGACCCCAGCAAGGUGAAGGCGUUCGGUCCCGGUCUGAAGGGCGGUCUGGUGGGGAACCCCGCCGAGUUCACCAUCGACACAAAGGGCGCCGGCACCGGCGGUCUGGGUCUGACGGUGGAGGGUCCGACCGAGGCCAAGAUCGAGUGCUCCGACAACGGGGACGGGACCUGCUCCGUCUCCUACCUGCCCACCGAGCCCGGGGACUACCUGGUCAACAUCCUGUUCGAGGAGGUGCACAUCCCCGGCUCGCCGUUCAAAGCGGACGUCCAGAUGCCCUUUGACCCCUCAAAGGUGGUGGCGUCCGGUUCUGGUCUGAAGAGGGCAAAGGUUGGCGAGACCAGCGUGGUGAACGUGGACUGUUCCCGCGCCGGACCGGGUCAACUCAGCCUGGAGGCGGUACCGGACUCCUCGCCCGCCAGUCCGACCGGCUCCGCCCCCGCUGCUGGCGCCAAAGCGAAGACCGAGGUGGUGGACAACAAAGACGGGACGUACACGGUGACCUACGUCCCCCUGACCGCCGGCAUGUACACCCUGCUGCUGAAGUACGGGGGCAAGGCCGUCCCCGGGUUCCCCACCAAGGUGGCGGUGGACCCCGCCGUAGACACCUCCAAGGUCAAAGUGUUCGGACCCGGAGUGGAAGGACAAGAUGUUUUCAGAGAAGCCACCACGUCGUUCACGGUGGACGCCCGUCCUCUGACCCGGCGGGGGGGAGACCACGUGAGGGCGGAGGUCAAGAACCCGUCCGGCGCGCUGACGGACUGUCAGAUCACCGACAACGCCACUGGCAUCUACAACGUCGACUACACUCCUUUCGAGAACGGCGUCCACAGCGUCCAGGUCCUGUACGACGACACGCCGGUGCCUCAGAGCCCGUUCCGGGUGGCGGUGGCGGAGGGCUGUGACCCCAGCAGGGUGGUGGCGACCGGCCCCGGCCUCCAGCAGGCCCUGACCGAGCAGCCCAACCACUUCAACAUCGUCACCAGGGGGGCCGGCAUAGGCGGUCUGGGCAUCACCGUGGAGGGUCCGUCUGAGUCGAAGAUGUCCUGCAAAGACAACAAGGACGGCAGCUGCAGCGUGGAGUACGUCCCCCUCACGCCCGGCCCCUACGAGGUCAACAUCACCUACGGCGGAGAGCACAUCCCCGGAAGUCCUUUCAAGGUCCCGGUGAAGGACGCGGUGGACUCCAGUAAGGUCAAGGUGUCCGGUCCCGGCGUGGGGUCCGGCGUCCGGGCCAAUGUCCCACAAUCCUUCACUGUGGACUGCAGGAAGGCCGGCGUCGCCCCGCUGGCCGUGGCUGUCGCCGCCCUCAAAGGCGCGGCCGAGCCGGUGGAGGUGACGGACAACGGGGACGGGACGCACCUGGUGUCCUACACGCCGUCCGUGGAGGGGCCGUAUUCCGUGGCCGUCAAGUACGGCGAGGAGGACGUCCCCCGCAGUCCCUUCAAGUUUCGCGUUCUGCCGACGCACGACGCCAGCAAAGUGCGAGCCAGCGGCCCCGGCCUGACCACCGGCGUCCCCGCCAGCUUCCCCGUCGAGUUCCACAUCGACGCCAAGGACGCCGGGCAGGGCCAACUGAGCGUGCUCAUCACCGACCAGGACGGUAAACCCAGGCAGCCCGGUAUCCACGACAACGGUGACGGAACGUACCGCGUCUCUUACGUCCCGGACCGCGCCGGCCGCUACACCAUCGUCGUAAAGUACGGCGGCGACGACAUCCCCGCCUCGCCGUACAGAGUCCGCGCCACGGCAACGGGAGACGCCAGCAAGUGCACCGUCACCGGUCCCGGCGUGGGUCCCACCGUGACCAUCGGCGAGGAGCUGGGCCUGGUGGUGAACGCCAAGGGCGCCGGGAAGGGGAAGGUGAGCUGCGUGGUGGUCCAGCCUGACGGCAGCGAGGUGGAGGCCGAGGUGCUGGAGAACGAGGACGGCACCUUCGACAUCUUCUACACGGCGCCGGCGCCCGGCAACUACGUCAUCUACGUCCGCUUCGGGGGGGAAAACGUUCCACGCAGUCCCUUCAAAGUCAUGGCUACUGAUGAGGUACCAAUAAUUGAAGCGCAGACGUCUGGACAACAGGCCGCCCUCAAAGCUGGCUCCCAGCCCUGGGUGACAUCAGACGGCUUCCAGCCAAUCGGCAGCGUCAACGGCAGCGGCUUCAGGCCCUUCGACAUGGUGAUUCCGUUCUCCUUCACCAAGGGAGAAAUCACAGGUGAGGUGCUGAUGCCUUCAGGUAAAUCGGCCCAACCGGUGAUCUCCGACAACCUGGACGGGACGGUCACCGUGCAGUACUCGCCCACCGAGGCCGGCCUGCACGAGAUGCACAUCAAAUACAACGGGACGCACAUCCCAGAGUCUCCCCUUCAGUUCUACGUGAACCACGCCAGCAGUCCCAACGUCACGGCCUACGGCCCCGGACUGAGCUACGGCGUCGCCAACAGGGCCGCCACCUUCACCGUCUUCACGGAGGACGCCUCCGAAGGGGGUCUGGACUUGGCCAUCGAGGGUCCGUCCAAAGCAGACAUCAACUGCGUGGACAACAAGGACGGGACGUGCAGCGUGAGCUACAUGCCCACCCUCCCCGGGGACUACAACAUUCUGGUCAAAUACAACGACAAGCACAUCGCCGGCAGCCCGUUCAGCGCCAGGAUCAUCGAGGACAACCAGCGGCGCUCUCAGGUCAAACUGGGCUCGGCGGCGGACUUCUCUCUGGACAUCAGCGAGACGGACCUGAGCGUGCUGACGGCGAGCAUCGUGUCGCCGUCCGGCCGCGACGAGCCCUGCCUGCUGAAGAGGAUGGCCAACAACCACAUCGGUAUCUCCUUCAUCCCCCGCGAGGUGGGCGAGCACCGGGUCAGCAUCCUGAAGAACGGCCGCCACGUGGCCAACAGUCCGAUCACCAUCAUGGUCGUCCAGUCGGAGAUCGGCGACGCCAGCCAGGUGAAGGUUGGCGGCGACGGCCUCGUCCGGGGGACCACCUUCAGCAACUCCAGCUUCGUGGUGGACACGCGGGACGCCGGUUACGGCGGCCUGGCGCUGUCCAUCGAAGGUCCCAGCAAGGUGGACAUCCAGACGGAGGACGUCGAGGACGGGACGUGUCGAGUCACCUACUGUCCCACCGAGCCGGGGAACUACAUCGUCUCCAUCCGCUUCGCAGAGGAACACGUCCCAGGAAGUCCGUUCACAGUGCGGGUGACGGGGGAGGGUCGUAUCCGGGAGAGCGUGACCCGACGGCAGAAGGCGGCGUCCGUUUCCAGCGUGGGGAGUGUGUGUGACCUCAGUCUGAAGAUACCAGGGAGCUGGUUCCUCCUCGUCUUGUCUCGGCAGCUCCUCUCUCGCGCCUCCUUCCGCUCCUGCUGCUCCCUGCGGUGGUCGGGUCGACCCGUCGGUCGGCGGCUUUGUUCCGCUGCGGUCGCCGGAGAUCGGAGCCUCUCCCCCGGGCGCGUGCGCCUCGUCUCCGGCCUCUCCGGCGUGGUGCUGGCGGGGGGGUCGAGGGCAGCGAGGGGCGUUUGGGUGGUUGAGGCCCAGGUGGAGGCGAUCGACAUGCAGGAGGUCACCGCCGAGGUCACUUCCCCCUCCGGCGCCCGUCAGCCUGCCGAGCUGGUCGCCGCGGGCAACGACACCUACUGCGUGCGCUUCGUGCCCACGGAGAUGGGCGUGCACAGCGUGAGCGUGAGGUACAGGGGCGCGCACGUGCCGGGCAGCCCCUUCCAGUUCACCGUGGGGCCCCUGGGCGAGGGCGGCGCCGCCAAGGUGACCGCGGGGGGUCCGGGACUGGAGGGAGCACAGGCAGGAGAGCCAGCCGAGUUCAGCAUCUGGACGAGGGAGGCCGGCGCCGGCGGUCUGUCCAUCGCCGUGGAGGGGCCGAGCCGGGCGGAGAUCUCCUUCGACGACCGCAAGGACGGCUCCUGCGGCGUCUCUUACGUCGCUCAGGACCCCGGUGAUUAUGAGAUUUCGGUGAAGUUCAACGAGCAGCACAUCCCCGACAGCCCCUACCUGGUUCCCGUCGUCGCUCCGGCCAACGACGCCCGCCGCCUGACUGUUACCGGCCUUCAGGAGUCUGGUCUGAAGGCAAACCACCCAGCAUCCUUUGCGGUGCGUCUGAACGGCGCGCAGGGCAAGCUGGAGGCCAAAGUCCACAGCCCCUCCGGAGCCCUGGAGGAGUGUGUCGUCACGGAGCUGGAGCAAGACAAGUACGCCAUCCGGUUCAUCCCCAGGGAGAACGGCGUCCACACCAUCGACGUGAAGUUCAACCGCUCUCACAUCCCGGGAAGUCCUUUCCAGGUCCGAGUCGGAAAGCCGGGACAGACCGGAGAGCCCGGUCUGGUCUCUGCGUACGGCGCCGGGCUGGAGAGGGGCACGACAGGUAGCCAGUCCGAGUUCACCAUCAACAACACCAAGGCGGGCCCCGGGGCCUUGGCCGUGACCAUCGAGGGCCCGUCCAAGGUGAAGAUGGACUGCAGGGAGGUUCCGGAGGGCUACAAGGUGCAGUACACCCCCAUGGCGCCCGGGAACUACCUGAUCAGCAUCAAAUACGGGGGGCCGAAUCACAUCGGCGGCAGUCCCUUCAAGGCCAAAGUCACAGGCUCUCGACUGGUGAGCGUUACGAACGGCAGCGAGACGUCGACCCUGACGUUGGAUCCGGCGGCGAGGGCGUCCAGCCAGAGCGCCGCGCCCUGGGCGAGUGACUCGGACGCCAGCAAGGUGUCGAGCCGGGGCCCCGGCCUCAGCAAGGCCUUCGUGGGCCAGAGGAGCAACUUCUCGAUAGACUGCAGCAAGGCCGGGAAGAACAUGCUGCUGGUGGGCGUGCUGGGCCCCCAGACCCCCUGCGAGGAGGUCCUGGUCAAGCACCUGGGCAACCUGCAGUACAACGUCAGCUACAUGCUGAAGGAGCGGGGCAACUACAUCCUGGUGGUGAAGUGGGGCGAGGAGCACAUCCCGGGCUCCCCCUUCCAGGUCAGCGUGCCGUGAGGCGCCGAGAAACACGUGGGAACCCAUGAGCUGCACUCUUGAUAAAGUUGUGUGUACAUUUUUGCUUUGAAACGUCUCAAUCUGCCAAACUCCCCCCUCAAGAAAAUCUACAAAUUAAAGUGAAACGCAUCAGAUGGAGACGGUUUCUGUUCGUGGGUCAUUUUCUCUGCAGGGAAUCAGGAGGCCAAACGAUCAAUGGAAACGUUUCUCACACUUGAUUAAUCUUAGUCGUUGGAAGUCUUUGGCUCUACACACAUCUCUACUAAAUGAGGCUCAGGCCCCUUUGACUACUGCAGAGGACCAACCUGCAACGCUCUCAUGACUACUGAUAUCCCAGAAUCCUUUGGGUGAAUGUCGCCGCCACUAAUCGGUGACAGUUAGCUGCUGGAAAAUAAAGUGUCUUAACAUCUCAUCGGAAUGUUUAAAUGCUAAUAGUUAUUACUUUUGAUACUUAAGGGGUCACUUGUCAAUGUCUUAGGCUGUGUGUUUUAAUGACAUUAAACCAUGAGAUGAUGUACAUUUGGUAAUUAAAAUCAACUGGAAUUAA